AUGUUACGCACCUCUAUCUCGCUCCCGCGCUUCCCUGCUCUUCUCCUCUGCGUUGCCCUCCCCCUCUAUCUCGCCAUUCGUGGCUCCGCCUCGUUUUCCGACAUCGCACUUCUCCUCUCCUCCCUCUCCGAGCGAGCCGAAGCCCUUCACGUCAAGCUCACCUCCCCGCUUGCUACGCCUCCAGCACCAAUCUCCAAAAAAUCUCUCGAUCCUCCCGGCGAGCCCGCCAAAACCGUGCGCGAGCCCGAAGACGAGAGAAGGAAGAGAUAUCGGCACCUUCCAGAUGGACUGGCGCACUGUAUCAACUCCUUCGAGCAGUAUUCGUUCCUUGCCGAGCAAGGGCUCCAGCGGAAACAUGCACGGUAUUCCAAGCAGAACCUCGCCCAGAAGGCAAUAACCAACGAGCUCGGCUAUCCUGCACACUUUGAGAAAGCUAGGAAGGGGAUUGAGGUGAACGCCCAGUUCUCGGAAAAGAUCGCGUUGGUUGGGAGGGAGGACUACCACACCGGCCCGCAAGCACUAGAAGACAGAGAAGACGCAGAAUUCGGACUUGUAGAUCUGGCGUUUGGCCAUCUUUUGCGGGACUGGAGCCUGCAGGGCGCAGAGGAGAGGAAGGCCGUGUUUCCCCCUAUUCUGGGCAGGCUUGAGCGACAUUUUGGUGGGAACGGAAUGGGUAAGAAGGUGCUUGUGCCCGGAAGCGGCGCAGGUUACGACGUCACGGCCAACGAGCUCGACUACGGGUCCAUCCUGGCCUAUCACUUACUAACAAACCACACAAACUCGCUGCACCAGCACACCCUGCAGCCAUUCGUGACCAAAUGGGCUCAUCAGGCCAACCCCUCCUCGCGCUACUCCGCCUCGACUGUGCCGGACCACUGGCCCAACAAGGCUGUCAAGCUCGUCGAGGGUGACUUCUUGGAGAUGUUCCCCCGGGAUGAUGAGUUCGACUCCGUCGUUACGCUGUUCUUCAUCGACAUGUCCGAUAACGUGAUUGACUUCCUGAGCAACAUACAUCGGCUGCUAAAACCUGGUGGGGUGUGGAUCAACCUCGGUCCGCUUAAAUGGGGCUCCUAUAGCGCCAUCCAGCUCUCCGCAGAGGAAGUGCUUGAUCUAGCAGUUCUGCUCGGGUUCGAUGUGGACCAUACUUCAAGGAAGAGCAUUGACAGCUUGUAUGCCGAGCAGCCGGAAACGUUGCUAAAGUUUACCUAUGUUACGCAGUUCUGGUCUGCGACGAAGAGGGGGUAA